GGCAGCGCGGGUGUUUCCGGCCGGGGGAGUGCACACGUGCAGGAAACAGUAGAGAAUGUCUUUUCGUGGAAGAGGAGGUGGUGGAGGAAGAGGAGGUGGCUUCAGCCGUGGAGGAGGUGGCGGUGACAGAGGUGGCUUCAACCGUGGUGGAGGACGAGGUGGCUUCGGACGGGGAGGUGGGAGAGGAGGAUUCAACAGAGGAGGAUACGACCAGGGCCCUCCAGAAAGGGUAGUUUUGUUGGGAGAGUUCAUGCAUCCCUGUGAAGAUGACAUAGUUUGUAAAUGUAAAACAGAAGAAAACAAGGUGCCUUAUUUCAAUGCUCCGGUGUACCUGGAUAAUAAGGAGCAGAUUGGCAAAGUGGAUGAAAUAUUUGGACAGCUGAGAGAUUUUUAUUUUUCAGUGAAACUGUCUGAGAACAUGAAAGCCUCUUCAUUUAAAAAAAUGCAAAAGUUUUACAUUGAUCCAGCAAAGCUGCUACCUCUGCAGAGAUUUUUGCCAAGGCCCCCUGGAGAAAAAGGCGCUCCCAGAGGAGGUGGUAGAGGAGGACGUGGUGGACGUGGGGGAGGAAGAGGCGGUGGUAGAGGAGGAUUUGGAGGAGGCAGAGGUGGAGGAAGAGGAGGAGGAUUCAGAGGAGGUAGAGGUGGAGGAGGAGGAGGAGGAUUUAGAGGAGGAAGAGGUGGUGGAGGAGGCUUUCGGGGAAGAGGCCAUUAACAAUGGAGCCAUGAGUAUCUCAUUGUCUCAUCGUGUCAUCUGCAGAAGCAAGAACCAUGGAAAAUUUUUGUAAAGGACUCUGAAAAUCUUUUUAUAAAGAACUUGAAGCUAAUUGACAAUUAUUUUUACACAUAAUGACUGUUGAUGGACUCAUGAGGAGAGUGUAGCCCCUGGCAAAGAGCUGAAGACUGCUCAGAAUAUGUGUAAACUUUUGUUAUUCUUAAACUGCUUGUUUCUGACAAGCACUGCAGUCAAUGCUUAACUCCGUGUUGGAGUUUGGAGUUAACAAUGAGUUGAAAUGGGUUUUCAAAAGACCCUACAGGUUCACUGCAUGCACAUACUUCAGUGUGAACAUAUGCAUGGCUGAUCCCUGGUUCUCAUCCUCCUUUUGUAGUGAAUAUUCUGGGCUGCUCUGAAAUCACAUGCUGUUUAAACAACCUUUGUGAACUUUUUUUUAUAAAUUAAAUUUCAAACUUUUGUGUUGAUAAUUUUUAAAUGCAUAAUAAUGGAUAAAGAGAGGAGAUAGCAAAGUAUAUUUUGUGAAUUUUUCUUCAUAAAUAUUAAUGAGAGCCAAAGGCAUUAAAACAAGAGCUUCUUAGAAGCUCUUGUCUGAUGAACAAGGCAAGGUUAAUACUACAGUCAUCAAAUGGUAUCUAAUUACACUGAUAUUAAAAUGCUUAGUGUUUUUAAUUGGCCCUGCAUCCCCCCUUAGCCUGUUUCUCUUGAGGUUUUGAUGUCCUGGUACUGCAUCUCUGUGGUGCUCUGGGUUUGUGUAGAGCUGAGAUUGAAUAGCCCAUCGUAGGACUCCUCUGCACACAAUGCUUUCAAGUGUGUUACUUAGAAAGGCGUGACAAACUCUGCAGGAGUCUUUGGUCUUUAAAUGGAUGCAUAAUGAGGAUUGUUGGAAAGAUAGUGCGACUGUGUCUUCUAAGGAUGGAGGGUGCCUCUCUGCUCUGGAACUUUGGAAAUAAAACAGGUGAAAAUAUAAAUUCCCUGGAUUUCUUUCAGCUGGAGCCAGGAGUCUGU